AUGGUCAAACGCACAUCACUACCCCAUAACGGAGGUAUCACUGCUGCUAACGGAGAUGGUACAGCACGACAUGCGCUGCCUCUCCCCCUCACAUGCACCCUUGGCUUUGCCUCCCUCUUCCCGCUCGCAACCACCCCUCAUCCCUAUAGUGGAGUGGAGGUGGCGCUGCUGCUAGCGGAGAUGGUGCAGCACGACCUGCGCUGCCUCUUCCACUCCCAUACUCCCUCUUCUCAACCCUCCCCCCCAUCCCGCUCGCCCCCACCCCCCAGCCCCAUAGUGGAGGUGGCGCUGCUGCUAGCGGAGAUGGUGCAGCACGACCUGCGCUGCCUCGCCUUCUGCAAGACAAGGAAGCUCUCAGAGCUCGUCCUCACGUACACCAAGGAGGUGCUGCGGGAGAGAGCGCCACAUCUGGUGGGCACAGUGCUGGCGUACCGUGCCGGGUACACGGCUCAGAGCAGGGUACAGAGGUGGGCAGGCAUCCUACAACUGUUCGCUCCAUCUGCCUCAGCUCACACGGACCAAUCUCCUUGCUCCCUUCCUCCCCCCUCUCUCCAUCAGGACCGGCGGCGCAUUGAGAGGGAGCUGUUUCACGGGCGGCUGCGUGCUGUGGCAGCAACGAGUGCAUUGGAGCUAGGAGUGGACGUGGGUGCCCUAGACGCCACCCUGCACCUCGGCUUCCACGGCUCCACCGCCAGCCUCUGGCAGCAGGCCGGCCGGGCAGGGCGCAGGGAGAAGGCCUCUCUCUCUAUCUACGUUGCCUUUGACGGGCCGCUAGAUCAGUACUUUAUGGCGGCUCCUGACAGGCUGUUCUCUCGGCCAAUCGAGCGCUGCCAGCUGGACGCGGAGAAUCCCCUGGUGAUGCGGCAGCAGCUGCAGUGUGCCGCGGCGGAGAUGCCGUUGCUGGAGGAUGUGGAUGGGAGGUUCUUUGGCCCGUCAUUGGCCGAGAGGAUUGCUGAGCUGGCGGGAAAGGGCGCGCUUGGGAGGAGUCCGGAGAAUCCCGAGGUGGACCGCGGGUGGAGGUACAUUGGGGCGGGGAAGCGGCCGGCGCAGUUUGUCCCGGUGCGGGCGAUCGAUCCGAACACGUAUGCGGUGGUGGAGGCGAGGACUGGGAUGGUGCUGGAGGAGAUCGAAGAGAGCAAGGCCUUCUUCGUGCUGUACGAGGGUGCGGUGUACCUGCAGCAGGGGCGAACCUUCCUGGUGACAUCCCUGGAUCUGGAGAAGCGGGAGGCACGGUGUGUGCGGGCGGAUGUGCGGUAUUACACCAAGACAAUCGACAUGGUCGCUGUGACUAUAAAGGGCGGCACUCUGGCUUUUCCAUACCCACACAUGCCGUCUGCAAAGCCAGCUUCAGCCUCUUUGGUUAUGACGUCAGCACACAAAGUGCUCAAAGAGGCGAUGACCUCAGCAGCACACGCAGCAGCACCCUUCGAGCCAGUGACGUCAGCACACGUGGCAAAAGGCGGUGUGAUGACAUCAGCACAGACGGCACCGUGUGAGGUUACGACUCGGUGGAUUGGUUACCGCAAGAUGUGGCGCGGGUCAGGAGAGCCGUUUGAAACGGUGGAGAUGACACUGCCAGAUGUAACGUACGCCACCCAGGCAGUGUGGGUGGCGGUGGCGGGUGGGACAAAGGCGGCAGUGGAGGCAGCGGGUAGUGACUACCGUGCCAGCCUGCAUGCUGCCGCUCAUGCCCUCGCCAACAUGGUUCCCCUCUUCCUAGCCUGCAUGGCAUCGGACAUGGGAGUGGAGUGUGCCUCUCCCUACGACUCGCGCUUCUUCCCUCAGCGCCUCCUGCUUUAUGACAAGCACCCGGGGGGGAUCGGCCUGGCGGUGCAGCUCCAACCUCAGUUCCCCUCGAUCCUCCGUGCUGCACUGGAGCUGGUUACCAAGUGCCAGUGCAGGCUGCGUGGAUCGUCAGCCAAAGCGCAGACCUGCUCGUACGCUUCUCCGCCCGUAGCGGCUGACCGUCAGGAUCAGCCCGACAGCCAACUGCCUGAUCAGCCAUGGUCAGAUCCGAGACUGACUGAUCGAGAAUCCUCCGAACGAGAAUCGCAGGACAGAGAAUCGCAGGGCAGAGAAUCGCAGGAUAGAGAAUCGCAGGACACAGAGUCGCAUGAUAGGGAAUCGCAGGACAGAGAAUCGCAGGACAGAGAAUCGCAUGACACUGAAUCGCAUGAUAGAGAAUCGCAUGAUAGAGAAUCGCAGGAUAGAGAUUUGAUUGACGGAGGGUUGUCGUUCGGUCGAGAAUUCGCUAAUCGUAGAUCGCCUGAUAGAGAAUCGUCGUCUGGUAAGGUAUCGUCUUUUCAACCGAGUCUCGAUGACACACUCGUGGUCACGGGACGCGCCGAGGCUUCUAUAACGGGGCAUUGUUAUACCGAGGGUUAUCCAACGGAUGAUCACCGAACGGGGAGUUACCGUAUGGACGAUUCUCAUACGGAAGAUCGAACUGAGGAUUGUCGUACCGAUGACUCUCGCAUGGUGGAUUAUCGUACGGAUGACUCUCGUACGGGCGUACCAAGUGAUCGAAGCACUCAUAGAUUCCCUGAUCGCAUCUAUGCGUUCCUGCAGCACGCCGAUGGGAUCCUGCAGCGCGCGCAGCUGUUGCUGCAGAGCCUUGUGCGCCAUAGCCGGUGGUGGUGGGUGCAGCGGCGACGAGUCGCCGCGUUUGUUAUCCAGAAGAAGCACGCUCGCGGGAGCCAUGGUGCGGGGGCGCGGAGCGAGCACCGGGUGGGGGACGAGGAAGCGGAGGAGGAAGGGGCCGCGGGUGUGUCCGCGAGCGCGCAUGUCCGCCCUGGGGCGCGAGCAGGCGGGCAUGGGCGCGAGGAGUGGUACAGGCGAGGGCUGCACAUCCUCCCAGGCUCGCCCCCUCGCCCCAAGUGGAACGCCUCUGAUGACUCCUUUCUCAACUCGCUCGUGAGCAGGUGGCACGUGCAGCCGUACUCGUCGCUGCCAGGCGUGUAUCUGCUGCAGCAGCCCACGGACUUCGCCUGUGUGCUGCUCAUCCAAGACGCCUGCUACCUCUUCAUGCAAGGCAAGUCAAAGCACCACCAGCCCCACACAGGGAUCUGGUUUGCCAGGGAUCGAACCCGCGACCUCUCACAGAUAUCCAUCAUCAAUAACGUGUGCCACCUGUACAGUGACAGGCUGGCAGACGCGCUGUACGAGUCCUGGCUGGAGCUGAGCUGGCAUGAGCUGGCAAUGGCCCUCCAGAGAGAGGCCGUUCAUGGGAACGGGGUGAGGAGGGGGAGGGGGGAAGCAGGGGAGGGGAGAAGAGGAGGGGAGAGAGGGGGCAUGGAAGGGAGAGGAAAGGACAGGCAAGGGGUUUGGAAGAGUAAGGGAAAGGGAAAGAGAGCAGAGCGAGCAGGUGGGGGAGCAGGAGGGGAGGAGGUGGAAGAAGGAGGGGAGGAGGUGGGAGCAGGAGGGGUGGGUGGAGGGAUGAGUGUGGAGGAUGUGAGGGAGGUUGCUCGGUUGCAUGCUGCAGCAGUGAGGAAACGCAAGGCGGACCAAGAGACUACAGGCCAGUCUACGACAGCAGGCGACGGACUGGGGUACUCGCUGGACGCUCUAGACGCUCCAGAAGCUCCAGAAGCUUCUGAUGGGCCGCUUGUGAAGCCGGUGAGGUUGAGAGACCCCAGUGAUGACUGGAGGGAGCCAGGCACAGGCGUGAAGGCGCAAGGGGGCCGGGCUGGUGAGAGGAGGGCUGGGAGGGGUGUGACAGGUGGUGGUGGUGGAGGGGAGAGGGUUGAGGCGGGUGAGAAGGGAGGCAAGGCGAGUGGGAAGGGUGAGACGAGUGUGAGAGGAGGUGGUGGUGGAAGGGAGACUGAAAGGAAAGUGAAGGUGGAGGUGGUGAGUGCGCGGAGGAAGCUGUUGGGAUUCUGGGGGUCCAGCAAACGCCACAGCCAGGGGGUGCGCACACAGCAACCCGGCAGUAGCAACAGCAGCAGCAGAACCAAAUACCACCUUCCACAUAUGCAACCUCUGCAGGCGCGGCAAACAACCAUGGACAACCUAGCAGACGGGUUCACCCAGGAGCCAGACGAGCAGCCGCCAGUAGACCUCUCCGACCUCAAACGCCGCUCCCUGCACACCUACGGGCGGCUGAGCAGCAGCAGCACCACCACCAGCAGCAGACGCCGCCUUCCCAAGAUGCAACCUCUGCAGGCGCGGCAAACAACCAUGGAUAAUCUAGCUGACGGAUUCACUCAAGAACCAGACGAGCAGCCGCCAGUAGACCUCUCAGACCUCAAGCGCCGCUCCCUGCACACCUACGGGCGGCUGACUAACCACCUGGGCAUGACCCGGUACGUGGGGGUGAGUGAGGGGCGGAGUAGGGAGAGGUUAGUGAGGGGGAUGAGGGGGAGGGUGGUGCGUGUGGGCGUGGUGGCGAUGUAUGGUUCGGCUGUGGGCGAGUUUGGGCGCGCGCUGGUGCCUCUCAUGGAAGUGGCGGGUCACCUGGAAGACUCGUUGGGGCCACAGGUCGAUGCAGAGGCAGAACCGGGAAUUUUUCCGGGAAAUAAAGCAGUGCAGUGGGUUCAGCAGCAGGGUGGGCAGAAGGUGGAGCAGGAGGGGCGGAGGCAGCAGGGAGGGGAGCAGCAGAGGCGGGGUGAUGAGGGCGUGGUGCUCUUCUUCCCCGGAGAUGACUCCAUUCGCUCUCCGUGGACCGUGCAUGCCGCUCGCCUGCUCUUUGGUGACGCCACCAGGGUGGAGGCCGGCAGAGUGGCAGGCCAGAAGUUUCUACUGGUGAAGGCCUGCAGAGCAUAUGGUGCUGAAGGUGAAGGAAAGUCUAUCCACCACUUCCAUUCCCCCCGUCACGCCACCAGCCCGCCAGGUGUGCUUCCAAAACCUGCUGCUUCCCACCAACAAGCUGCACCGCACCCCUCACCUUUUCCCCCAACCCCCCCCCCAACACCGCACUCCACCCCUCCCAUUCUACCCCACCAGGUGUGCUUCCAGAACCUGCUGCUCCCAAUCAACAAGCUGCACCGCCCUCACAGCGCUGACCUCACUCGCCGCCGUGCCUCCCAACCUUCCCCAGCCUCCCAAGCUUCUCAAGCCACCCACGCCACCCAAGCCUCGCAAGCCUCUCCAGCCUCUACAGCCACUGCUCAGGCUUCUCAGGCUACUCAGACCCCAGCAGCCACUCUCCACACCCCUCAACCCACCCACUCACACACUGAACCGCUCCCAGGCACCCCAACCAUCCCAACCAUCCGAACCCUUCCAAGCCCCUCUCACCAAGACGCUCAGACCUCCUCUCUAGCACCUGAUCUCGUGCUCACGUCACAAGCCAUCUCGAUAGAAUCUGUCUCGCUACAAGCCAUGGCAUCUGCAGCUGGUGGCCACUCAGGGAGGCGAAACCCCUCAAUACUGCAGGAGGUUGCAGGUGUAGAUAUGGAGAGAGGGGAGCGAGUGGGUGGAGAGGGCAGCUAUGGAAAUGGGUCAGAAUCACUAGUGCGACCAAUGGUUUAUGAGAGGAGAAUACCGCCAAAGCUUGCCAUCCAUGCGUCUCCAGAGGAAAGGCUGGCUGUCGGCGUUGCUGCGCUGCCGUUGGGUGAUAAGCGCCGGGCAGCCGCUCUGGCGAAUCCCCUGGCUGCUGCUGCUGCCGCCGCCGCAGCAGCAGGAGGAGUGUCAGCAGGAGGAGUUGGAGUAGAGGAAGCAGGGAGGCGGACAGACGUAGGUUCCAAGUUACGCGAGGAAGUGAAGCAGAAGCAGCAGGACGUUGGGGCAAAAGGAACGAGCAGCGACAAAGGGAAUGUUAACGAGCAAAAGAAAUCGAAGAGGGAGAGGGAGAGAAAGAAUGCAGGAGUGGAGGGGAGUGAGGAGGAGGCACAGGAGGACGACCCAGUGGUUGAUGCUGAAGCAAUGGCGAGGCAAGAGAUAGAUGACUACUUCGACCAGUACGAGGAACAGCACAGCACCACCCACGAGACUGACCAUGACCGUCGCCCCUUCCCCACUGACACUAAUUUCUCCACCACCUCCGGUCUCACCCCCAACGUCACUGACACUGACCAGUAUCAACCUUCUGCUGAGCCUGGUGCUACUGAGGCUGGGUCCUCUCCUACCCCAUCCAUGGGAGGUUUGCAGGUUCCCAGACAAACGUUUCUAUACCUGCUGCCUGAUCGGGAUGCGUCGGGCAGGUUAACGGGCAGCACGGGAAAGGAUUUCUGGCAGGUGACUCUAGUGGAGCGUGACAAUGUUGAGGGGCUGAAAAAUCAGCAGGAGGUGGUGGCGCUGAUUCAAGCGGUCUUCCCAGAGCUGCCGGUUGCAGUUGUGCGGCUUGGCAACAUGUCACUGCAUGAUCAAGUGCCAAUAAUGAAGCGCACGCUCGUACUGGUAGCAGUUCACGACCUUAUCCUCUCCACCUCACUCUUCUUCAUGCCACGUGGCACUGUCUUAUUGGAGCUCUUCCCCUACAAGCUCUUCAGCACGCAGCACAAGAAGCUUGCCCUCCGGUCUGGAAUACACUACAUGGCCUGGCAAAACCAGUAUCGUUACAACGCAUUCUUCCAGGAAAAUUGCUUUUGGCGAGGAGGUUACAAAGAUACUAAGGAUGAGCGCCGUUCGCAAAGGCGUGCUACCAUGCGCGCUAUCAUGCGCGCUACCAUGCGCGCCACAAUGCGCGCUGCCAUGCGCGAUGCUGCUGUGCUCGCCUUCCACGGCGUCGCAAUCGCGGCGCUCCUGCUGUCCGCCACAUGCGCAUCGGCGACCGCGCAUGGCCACUCGCUUUCCCCGCGCUCCCGUUCCGCGCGCGCGCUGAAGGCGCUGGAGGUGGAGCCUUCUCCGCCGCCCGAGUCGCACCGCGAAUCACGGCGCGCGCUAAAAGCGGUGGAGGUGGAGUCGAUAGCGGGGCCCGGCUGCGUGAACGCGUUUCCCGCGAAGCCGCUCUGCAAGUUCGUCGACAGCCUUGCGUCGCGCGUCAUUCCCGUGCUGGACGGCGGCUCCGGCAAGACGCUGUCGAUCGGUGUCUACCAGACGUACCAGAAAUUUCAUCGCGACCUGCCGCCGACGAAGAUCUACGCGUACGGCAUGAGCGAGAAGACCGCGUCGUACCCCGGCCCGACGAUUGUGGCGAAAAAGGGGGUUACCACGCGGGUUACCUGGUGCAACCGGCUGCAGGACCGGCAGCACAUGUUCACGCAGGACCACACUCUCAUGAAAGGAAUGCCCAAGCCGAAAAAGGGCGGCGUUCCCAUCGACCCUAACGGGGAUGAGCGAAACAUGAAGACGUGGCUACCCCCCUGGAAGCGCACCGUGCCGCUGGCGAUCGCGGACCGCCUGUUCUUUAAGAACGGGUCGAUUAAUUUCCCGAACGUGGGCGUCGAUCCGAAAGUGCAUCCGAAUUGGAUUCCCGAGUACAUAGGCGACACCAUCGUCGUCAACGGCGUGGUUUGGCCAUACCUGCGCGUGCGCCCCGCGGUGUACCGCUUCCUCCUCCUCGGCGCGGCCAACGCGCGCUUCUUCAACCUCCGCUUCCAGUGCGCCGCGCGCGGAGACUACCCCAACUUCGUCCCCCCGCUGCGCGGAAGCGUCAUCAAUUUCGCGCUCAUAGGCAGCGACGGGGGAUACCUCCAGCGCCCGGUCUAUCUCUCCUCUCUGCUGCUUGCCCCCGGGGAAAGAUACGAUAUUCUCGUGGACUUUGCCGCGGCGCAGCAGGGCGGCGCGUGCAGGGAUGUGAUUGUAACGAACGAUGCUGCAGCGCCGUAUCCCGGGGGCGAGGCGGUGGAUGGGAACACGGGCGUGGUGAUGCGGUUCGUGAUCCUCGACCGUUCGCCCUUCAAGGCAUCAUCAAUUCCCAGGAGAAUAGUUCCUGUCCCCUCUAUAGACUUCUCCAAGAUCCACAGAGUGCGCUGGAAGAAGCUAGUGGAGACUGCCAAUCCGAUAAGUGGCAUGCCAGAGCGAGUCACUAUAGACGGGCUUCGUUAUAUGGACACAGCCACAGAAAUCCCUGUACAAGGCACUAGCGAGAUAUGGCACAUCAUCAACCUCUCGGCCGACGCGCACCCUAUUCACUUGCACUUGGUGCAAUUCCGGGUCGUUUCGCGUCGCGCUUUCGACGCACAGGCAUACCAGGCGAACAAGUGUUCCUUCACCAGUAAAAAUCGCCCGUCUUGCUUUGUGGGACCGGAGAUGAAGGCGCAGAAGCACGAGAUUGGGUGGAAAGACACGGUGCCUGCACUUCCGGGUCAAGUACUCACAUUCUGGGUCGGCUGGUAUGGCCAGGAUGGCAAGCCAUUUGAGUUUGAUCCCACUACUGGGCCGGGAUACGUGUGGCACUGCCACAUACUCGACCAUGAGGAUAAUGACAUGAUGCGUCCGUUGAAGAUACGCAAGCAGUAA